AUGACCGAGCACGACCUCUCCGCUCUUGACGGGCUGCUCGACGAGCUCGACAUCGAGGAGAAGGGCGAUCACGAUCCUCGAGCCGCCAAAAUCAAGGCCCUGUUCGAGAAAGCCAGAGCCGAAUAUACCGCCAAAAUCGACACUCCAACAUGGUACAUCUCGCCCAGUGCCAACACCACUGCACCCUUCGAUAUCGACUCCUUCGUUGUGCCCCGUCCCUCGCAGCUGCUCACCGAGCGCAAGGCUAGUCGCACCGCAUCGACCAACCAAGAAUGGACUGCAAACUACCUCUACAGCCAAGGACACUUUGAGACAUGUCUUUCCUACGUAGCGUCGUUUGCCGUUUCUGUGGGGAUCGACUUUCCGAUUGACUCAAAGAAUGGAUUGGGCCAGAGGACCAUCAACGAGCACGACAGCUCGCAGCUCGUCCUACGACGCUCCAGUCAAGAGCGCGAGCUUACCAAGAACUGGGGGACUAUCAAAGACGUCAUCGAUGCCGGGAUUCGUUCCCUCCUUACGAUCCUGCGCUAUGCAACAGCCAAACCGUCGAUCGAUGCAUGGGUACCACAAACGUCAAAUAUGGAGACCUCGACUUGCCACUGGGGCAAGAUCAGCCUCCACGCCUUGGCCAACGGCUUCCUCACCUUUUGCAUGCGCGAGAUCCGCAUCGGAGCGGUCGAUAGUCGAGCCGGUUACUCAGGUAUGAUCAUUCGCUCAGAAAAUGGCGACCUCAAGCCGGCAGUCGACGUGGAGAAACUCAGGAUCCAGAAUUGGACCGUCACGCACGGUCUUGCACUCACGGCGGGAGAUCUUGCGCUAGAGCUGGGUUUGCAUCGCACUGCCAUCGAAGCACACACACUGUUCCUCGCUGCUCGCGGCCAAAUGUGGCGUGUGCUGCUCGCUCUCGCAAACGAACUCGCGAGCUAUCACGAUUCGCUUGCGAAGCACAACCGAGCAAGUACCAAGGCUCGCGAAUCGCUCAAAGUAGUAGCAAGCGCUGCCAUCGUCGCAGCCAUACAAGCUGCCCCCCGUCCGAGACGAAUCGAGGUGGCGGAAAGUAUCAUCACCCACCUGCGUGUCGUUCCUGCACAGUGGAUCUCCGAAACACUCGACGAGCAGCACGACGUAUCGCCGCCGUUCGACGACGAAGACGAUCUGCUCUUCAACGGCUUACUCCAGCCACUCGACCUGCAGGCUGACGACAGCCGGUCGAUACUGCCGGAGGAGAUCGGCAUUGCGCUCGUCAAGGUCGUUUUCGCCAAGAAGAGCGGUAUCCUCGCCAUCUACACCAAGUUCGCUACGUACAUGCGCGAGUAUACGCAGCGUCUUCAGACACACACUUCGGCGGAAGAUGCUGCUGGUGGAGGGUGGCAAGGUGAUCUUGAUGCGGUGGAGGAUGAUGAUGUUGCUGAAAAUGGUCCACGUAGCGUCCGGACGCUGUGA